UUCCUCGAGACCCCUCCCUGGUUAGUAAUUCCACGUUUAGGAAUUGGCUUUUCUUGUGAUCGUGUAGAAAACAUACCGUGCUUUUCCUCCUUCUGCUCUUGAUUGAUUCGGCGAUCCUUUAACAUUUUCCUUCUCGAUACCCACUCUCAUUCUUCCACGCCGACAACGUCUACUAUACGGCGGUCACUUCACCUUCAUCAACCAGAAACUCAACCCUUAGCAUACUUCGAGAGUACAGGAUGUCGAAGCGAAACACGGUCAGGAUGAUAGAGGAUGAUCCCGUUCCUCAAGACUACCUUCCAUCCUACGAGACGGCGAUCAACGAGGGACUCCAGCAACAUAGCGAAAGCGUCGGAACGGACGGUAGAAUCAACGUAAACCUCGAUUCGCGACUGGCGACAACCCUCGCCCGCUUUGUUCCCGACUUCAAAGACCCAGCCCAACUCGCAGAAGCAGCAGCAGCCGAGGGGCCCCCGCCAGAGUACUUUGAAGCAGCAGAGCGCUUCGCCGAGAAGAAAACAUUUCCCGUCAAACUCAACAUCGUCAUCCAAGUCGUAGGCAGUCGCGGCGAUGUCCAGCCCUUCAUCGCGCUCGGAAACGAGCUCCAGACGUACGGUCACAGAGUACGCCUUGCAACACACGACGUCUUUGACAGCUUUGUUCGCAAAUCCGGCCUCGAAUUCUACCCUAUCGGCGGUGACCCUUCCGAACUGAUGGCCUACAUGGUCAAGAACCCAGGUCUGAUCCCGAGCUUGAAGAGUUUGAAGGGUGGCGAUAUUCAGAAGAAGCGUAAGAUGGUAAAGGAAAUGCUGGAAGGGUGCUGGAGGUCUUGUAUCGAGCCUGAUACGCAGACUGGAACACCUUUCGUGGCUGAUGCCAUCAUUGCCAAUCCGCCGAGUUUUGCACACGUUCACUGUGCCCAAGCCCUGGGCGUUCCCCUCCAUCUCAUGUUUACCAUGCCUUGGAGUAGCACCAGAGCUUUCCCUCACCCUCUGGCAAAUCUCAAGUUUGGAGACAAGGGAGUUGUUGAUCAGAUGACGGCAAACUUUGUUUCCUACAGCAUCGUUGAAUGGUUGACAUGGCAAGGCCUCGGAGAUGUCAUCAACGAUUGGAGAAGGACGAUCGAUCUUGAGGAAGUGCCGUUUUCCGAAGGCCCGGUUCUUGCAGAGUCGCAGAAGAUUCCGUUUACAUAUUGCUGGUCCCCAGCACUUGUACCGAAACCCAUCGACUGGCCUGCCUAUAUCGAUGUUUGCGGCUUCUUUUUCCGUGAACCCCCUCAGUACGAGCCUCCCAUCGAGCUUGCAAACUUCCUUAAGAAUGGCCCGACUCCCAUCUACAUCGGCUUUGGAAGUAUCGUCAUCGAUAACCCCGACGAAAUGACAAAGAUCCUCGUCGAAGCUGUCCGCGCAACGGGUGUUCGGGCAAUCAUAUCAAAGGGCUGGAGUAACCUGGGAGGCAUCGAUGCGGAUGACAUCCUAUUCCUAGGGGACUGCCCGCACGAGUGGCUGUUUGCCAAUGUUGCGGCAGUAUUCCAUCACGGCGGCGCUGGAACCACCGCUUGUGGUCUCUUGAACGGAAGACCAACUACAAUCGUCCCCUUCUUUGGCGAUCAGCCAUUCUGGGGAGACAUGGUUGCCAUCGCAGGCGCCGGGCCAAAGCCUAUUCCACACAAGCAGCUGAAUGCCCAGAACUUGGCCGAUGCGAUCCGAUUCUGCCUGACACCGGAAGCCGCGACCGCAGCUGGCGAACUUUCGGCCAAAAUGAAGACGGAGAAUGGUGUCGCCACGGCAGCAAAGUCAUUCCACGCCAACUUGCCCCUUGAACUGCUUCGGUGUGAUGUUUUCCCCAACCAGCCGGCAGUGUGGGAGUUCAAGAGAGGAAAGAAGCAGGUCAGACUAUCGAAGCAAGCUGCGGGGAUUCUUCUUGACCACCUCAAGAUUGGCCAGAAAAAUAUGUCACCACACGAGACGAAAACAUACAUCAUCGAGAACCGCCGGUGGGAUCCCGUCACAGGCACCGUAUCCUCCUUGAUGGGAGUCGGAUACGGCAUGGUCAAGGGUGCCACCGACAUUGUCGUCAAACCCGUCCAAGUCUACAACCAACGAUCCAAACUCAAGGCCGCAGAGAUGGAGGACAUUGAGAGGAGAAGUGCCAGAAGUGUUUCCAGCUUAGACGUGCAGACGCCGCCCCGAUCGCCGAGUCUCGCGCCCCCGCAAUCCGACGCUCUCGAUCGGCCCCGAAGUGCCGGCCGAGGCUGCGGGAGCACAACGGGUGCAGUCUUCAAGGCAUCGGCUUCUGGUGUUGGCACAUUCUUCAAGUCUUACGGCAAGUUCUAUCUCGAUGUGCCGCUUGCCGUCACGGAAGGUCUCCGCGAGGCGCCUAAGCUCUACGGCGAAAAGGUCGAGGCCCGCGCUCCCAUUACAGAUUGGAAGUCUGGUGCCAUGGUCGGUGGGAAGAACUUUGUUACUGGAAUCGGAGGUGGCUUCGCCGACUUGUUUUAUCAGCCGUAUAAGGGCGGACGAGAUGGCGGUGCCGCAGGUGCAGCGUUAGGCGUCGGGAAGGGUGUCAUGAACAUGGCGACGAAGACAGCAUCAGGUAUGUAUUCGAAGGUACUCCUUCCUUCUUGUCGACUCAAAAGUGCUAACACUUGGUGAAACAGCAACUCUCGGAAUUGUCGCGUAUCCUGGCCAGGGUAUUUACCAGAGUAUUCGGACAGCAGUCAAGUCCAAGACUAGACAGAGUAUUGCUGCUGCUAGACGAGUCGAGGGUGAUUAUCUCGCCCGCAACACUCAGGUUGAUAUUCAUCAGACACUACAGAGGUUCGAUGAGAUUUGCCGGGCCAGCGAGAAGGAGAAGAAGGGCAAUGAACGUGAGGGUGGGAACUUUUUUGAUUUUGGACGGAAAGGAAAGGACAAAGAUACCCAUGCGACUUUUUAGACAGAGAAUAGAGUUGAGACUAGCUCACGAUCUCAAUUUUGAAGUGCAGAGACUUGGGACUUGACAGGCAUUAAGUGGUCUAUUCAAGGCCGGCUGACCGGGUAUCAAACUUCGCCAGCAUCAUAGCUACGAUCUAGUAUUUAGAUUACAUGUAAAAAAGUUAUACGCGCACAUUAUUCUAGAAUCGUUGUUGUCCGGG